UUCCCUAAUGCAACAUCUACCUUGCGAGCCAUUCUCCCCAUAACGCCUCGCUGCCGAUCGAUCGGGCCUAUCGAGAGUGAGAGUCAAAAUGAAAGCGAUACAGACUCCGACGAGAGCGCAAUCUUUACGGACAACAGAUCUAAAAAAGAUUCCAACAGUAAAUCAGAACCCGACGGGGACGAUACAAAUAAUAAGAGUGACUCCAACGAUAAAUCAUUCAAUGAUAAGAGUCAGCUACCCCCUAAACACUAUUUAGCUGAAGCAAAGAGCUUAGACCACUGGCAAUGGAUUUCAGACUCAGAUGACACAGUCCAUUUCUUGUAUCAAUUUUUCGCUUGGCGAUGUGAUAUUCAGCAGGCGUCCAGCCUGGCCAAGGAGACAAUUAUCAAAAAAGGUCUAGAGCUCAUACGACGGCCAAAGAAAAAUAUGUAUAUUGAAGACGUCGCUGAGUUCACUUGUGUACUCUUGACCACCAUAGAGACAACAUUUGAUUGUGGCUGGCAGCAUAUCCAGGUCCUUCUUUUCUGCCAACUCGCAGCCAUUAUUGCAAGCCAUCUGGGCGCUCUUUUUGGCCUUCGCUAUUGGGAUAUUGUGUUGAUGUUGAUUCGAGAUCUAGAAGGAGGACGCCUGCAACUCUUCAUCUAUCUAACUCCUGAGUUUAUGAAGAGGUUUUUUGGAAAGAAGGUCCUAUGGGUUCCUUUAUUUUUCUAUCAUGAGAUUGGAGACAAUUUGGCUAACUAA